GCCAGCCACCAUUUGCCAUUCAUGCUGUAGUCUGCCACCGGUCUACACCUUCCUGCUCCCGCCUGGAAACAGCAGCUCCUUACUGUGCCGCCCACUCACUCCCUGAUCCCAGAUAACCACACGUCCUGGACGGAUCACAGCGUCGUGUAAGGAAAAGGAAUCCAUCACCUAUCAUUUCCUUCAAGAAAAUCGGUUUACAUCAACGCGACGGGAAUAUGAAGACUUGGCCUCUGGCGCUUCUGGUCUUCGGACUGGUGAGUGUGACCGUCGCCUUCCCUGAGAAACUGGACCACUUCGGGGACGACGCUAACCACGACGACGAUGCUGCCGAUGUCGACUACGAGGAGGAGCCCAAGAGACCCUACAGCUUCUCUUAUGCUGCCUCCCGCUAUUACAACGGCGCCCCCGACAGGGAACACAAGGAGCAGCGAGGCGAGGACGGCAUCACCAGGGGCGUCUUCAGGUACGUUGACCCUCGCCAUCAGGUGCAAGAAAUAGUGUACUUUGCUGACGAAGACGGCUUCCACGUGGACGCCUCGAACCUGCCGAAGGAGACCGUGGCUGUGCAGAACGCUCGCAACAAACACCACGAACUCUUUGAAAAGAUCAAGCAGGAACACGCGCGGAUCGGAGCCGAGAGGGCAGUCCUUAAGGCCCAAGAGGAGGGCGAUGAUCAAUACGACUAGUGCUCGGGUCUGUGCCUCUGGGGCCAGAUUCACGAAGCAGUUACGCGAGUACUUACGAACCUGUACAUCUUUCUUCAAUCUUUGACGGCAUUGUUUACAUUUAUUAAACAGUUUACAAGCAUGAAAACUUCCCAAUCAACU